AUGUCCAUGUCCGACGACGAGCCGUACGACGCCGACGGCGAUGUCAGCCGCUUCCUGCUUUGCCCUAGCCCGGAGGCUCACUUGUUCCCCUUCUCUGAACCGGAGGGCACUCUCGUGGGGCUCUGCCAGAAUGCGCCGCCGACCGCUGAUGAAGUCCAGGGCCACCAGGCGCCACAGACGCUGAACGCGGCGCCGGAUUUAUUGGGCCACCAGGCUCCGACGACGACUGAAUUCCAGGGACUCCCGGCACCACAGACGCUAAACGCCGCGCCGGAUUUUGGCCUCCAGCAGGCGCCGAUCACUGGAUUCCAUGAUCACCACGCGCCACAGGGGCUGGGAGUGGCGCCGGAUUUUGGCCUCCAGGCGCCGACCACUGAAUUCCAGGGACACCCGCCGGCGCCCGAUUUCAGCGUUCCUGUGCCAGCCAUCGACGCCGCCGAGCACUAUCAGGCGCCGAUCAUCAACGCUGAGCAGUAUCAGGCAUCGGCCAUGGACGUAGAUCAGUACUACCAGGCGAUGGCCGUGGACAACACCCAGCCGAUGCAAAUGCUGCCCCCCGAGAUGCAUCAUCAAGCGUAUGGCUACUUUCCGGAUCCUACGCCGAUGCUUUGCGACGGCGUCGACGAAGCCUCUUUAUUCCAGGCUAACACUAACAUGCAUAUGCUCGCUAAUGGCGUUGUACCCGAUCCAAGCCCUUCACUGUACGAACAGCUCAUCAACGAUGGGGAGGUAGAGCUUCCUGCUAUCAUCAGGGACAUUGAGCGUGGGGACAACGCUGGUGCUGCCGGUCCUGCUGCGCUUAACGACGUGCACCCUGUCAAGGAGGACGUCUUCUUCCGGCCAAUCAUCCGCAGCCAACUCGACUGCUCCCGGUGCCGCUCAGUCCGGGAAGUCGUGUGUCUAGAUGAGAGGCGGAAGAUGCAUUUCAUGGUGCAUGCCUCGGACCCGGGGAUGAUUUUCCAGCAUGCGAUCGUCGAUCGUAUGUCCAUUCGUGAAGAUGGUCAGCUUCAUACGGAUGUCCUGCUGCACCAUGAUCUCCGCGGGCGCAACCACGAGUGGGUUCACAACUUUAUAGAACGCAGCGUGGAGAUGAUGAAAAGAAACCGCGGGCAGAUGCAAGACACGUGGUCUAGCAACUACGCGGCAGUCUGCACCAACGUCGCCACGGCGCCACCGCCGAGCAACCAUGCGCGCAUGGAGGAGCUCGGGGCUAUGUUGCAUAAUAUACUUUCAGCCCCUGCUUCAACUAUUGCUGCUCAGCCAGUCGUCACGCCGCAGGAACAACAAACCACAGAUGCUCCAGGGGUAGCGGAAGCAGCAGCCCCUCAAGCUGCAGUCACGCCGCAGGAACAAGAAAACACUAGCGAUGGUCCAGGGGUAGCGGAAACAGAAGCCCCUGAAGCUGCUGAUCCUGCAGUCACGCCACAGGAACAAGGAGAAAACACCAAUGCUCAAAGGGUUGCGAAAGCAGCAGUCACUGAAGCUGCUGAGUCUGCGGUCACAGCGCCACGGGAACAAGAAACCACCGAUGCUCCAAAGGUAGCGGAAACUGCAGUCCCUGAAGCUGCUCAGCCUGGGGUCACGGCGCCGCAGGAACAAGAGAACAUCGAUGCUCCUCCAGAGGGAGCUGAAGCAGCAGGUCCUCAAGCUGUUCAGCCUGCAGUCUCACAGAAGGAAGAAAACAAGGAUGCUGGAGCCGUAUUUGCUCCUUUUAACUGGGAAGGAUUCCAACCAGAAAUAUUCGAGUCUUCUCUGCUUGUUCCACCAUAUGAUCCAGAGUCCGGUACCAAUGUGUUGUUGUACCCAAGCCUGGUGGAGCAACUACGCAAGACCGAACUCGAGAGGAAGGAAAGCAAGAGGCUUUCCAAAAUUGGUUCUGGAUACAACGACGUCAAUUGUAUCAAUAGAAAGAUGACGAAACUCCAGCAAACUGCAGCUAGAGUUGGCCCGAGGGGGCUGUUCGCAAUUAAGCAGAAGAUGGAAACGUACAAGCGCGAGAAGGCGGACCUUUAUGACAUGAUCAACAAAGCGAUCCAGGAGAAUGAGAGGGGCGGCAACAACGGUGCUGGUCCUUCCAACCGUGCAGAGCCUUCAAACAGGGCUGGUCCUUCUAAUGAAGCUGAUACAUCGAACGAUGCUGCCAGUCCUUCCAACACUGCCAUUCCUUCUUCGGAUGGUGCUGGUACAUCAAACGAUGCUGACGGUCCUUCCAACUCCGCCAUUCCUUCCUCCGACGGUGCUGGUACAUCAAACGAUGUUGCCGGUCCUUCCAACGCUGCCAUUCCUUCUUCCGACGGUGCUGGUAUAUCAAACAAUGAUGCCGGUCCUUCCAAGUCCAACACUUCCAUUGUUCCCUCUUCCGACUGUGCUGGUCCUUCUGGCAGCAAGUAG